AAUAUGGACGCGAAAAAUCAAAGCGGAGAACCAACUCUCACAAGAUACAGAACACGCAAGUUUUUGGAUCAGCAUUCAGCCAAAAUUGGAAUUAAUAAUGCCCAACCUAUUAUCCUCCUGAUCAAUUUAAAAAGCAAUGACUGCAAUAAAACAUCGCCAUUUUACGAGCAUAACUAUUUACGACAUUUUCGACAAAUCUAUGAGAGGAAAGGGUAUGCUAUAAUUAAAGAAAUUUCAGUAAGAUAUAAUAUAUAAGCCUACCUAAUAAAUAUGAUUCAGAAUUCUAAGCAACUGGAAUUCGAAUUCAUGGCAUUUAAUUUUAUUAAUCAGCGAGUUUUCAACUAGAAUGAUUAAUAAAAUACAUGCCCCUUCACAGGAUUGAAAAACGUAUGUAAUUGAUAAUGCCAAAGAGACUAGUCUGUACAAAUACAACUUACCCCGACUUCUUGGACUCCUGAAAAACCAUUAUCUAAAACCAAAAGAAUACCUGGUGGUAAUCCUCGGUCUUUAUUAAUUGAAAAGAAACAACCUUGUCACAAAUUAACUACCUAUGCGUCAAUUCGCAAUACUAGAUUCUUUCCCUUUAUUGAGCCCUCAACACCACAGAAGCGGCCAUAAAGGUCAACGACCGUUUUGAAAGUUCGUGGGUUAACACCAGUUUAAAAAAAACAAAAAACGUAAAUAAUAAUUAACCAAAUAUGUUCUAUAUCGGCGUUUCCUAAAUUUGAAGUUUGGCGGACGAGUGAACAAGUUUCGAAAAUGAACAAGAUUUCGUUACCAGAUUUAUUUGUUAUAUUUUAUUUAUUUGAUUGCACUGUAAAUAUUCAUGUCGUGCGGAUCGGCAACAUAAGGCUGACGGACCAACGAUUACUUCUUUGGUUAGUUCUAAUUAAUCAACCAUAUAUGGCAUAUUCGAUACGUUAAGACAGAGACUAAAACUGACAUCAGAUGAGAACUUUUUUUUGCCUCGUCAGUUAAGCCGCGAAGUACGAUACCAUAGAGGUAAUGAUUAUUUUAAAAUAAACAGUGAACCUAAUGUUCAAGUAUUUCAUGUGAUGUAAUGUAAUUCCUGAAGCAUCCGAGUUAUCUAGCUUGUAAGAACACAAUUAUUAAACAAACAAAAAAAAAUAAAAUAGUUGUUCACUAACAAACAUGUUUUAAAAUUAAUUCAAUAAAAAAAAAUAACGCUUAAAAUAAUACGCUUAACGAAUAAGAGCAGGCUCAAAAUAGAUCAUUCGCUGAAACACAUUUAAUCUUAUCAUAUACUUAAAGUGUACAACUAUUAUGUCUUGAAACUGUUUUCAGUUGUACCAUGUAUUCUUCAGUAUGUUGUUAGCUUUGUACAGGUGGCGGAACCCUAGCCGAUUGAGGUUGGCCGAUUAAGCCCAGAAAAUGAGAGAGUCGCAAGACCAAGAGACCCGCAAGGGGCAGAAUUUGAAGAGGGCUACCCCAGCAUUGCAGUACUUCUAUUGGAGCCCUUACAAAAUAAAUAAAUAAAUAAAGUAAUUGAAGGAUGUCUUACCGAGGCGUGGUAAUUGCUAGUUGAAGACUAUCCCCCAAUACCCGCACAGAUGACCGUAACAGGUCGGCAAGUGCCAUUUUUCACAACUUUUUCGGGCGCCUCAUAAAUAAAUGUAUGAAGUAGUGCAAAAUUUAAAAAAAAAUCAAUUUUAUAAAUAUUAGAGGGCGAAGGAGAGAGAGGGAGAGAGAGAGAGAGAAAGAGAGAGAGCGAGAGAGAGAGAGAGAGAAAGAGAGAGAGAGGGAGAAGAAACGUAAGUGUCAUGAAACAUAGCAGUGCCGUCGCGUGGGGCCUGCAACCCCUGAGGCCGCACGAGGCCUCGGAUAUUUCAGUUAUGACGCGGAAAUUUCUAUAAUAACUAUUAACUUUGAAAGCAGGGGGCAUAAACCCGGAGGUGGCAGGGGGCAAUGUUCCCUCUAAGGUUUGUUGGUUCGUGUGCAAAAUCAUAAAGUUGUGUGCACAUUUUUACAGCAUCAAUUUUUUUGUGCGCAAAAUUUUCAGCCUACAGUCACAAACACACACUUAAGUGGAAAUUAUCUGCGCGGUACUCAAAACUGCUGCGCGGCGUCUGUGAGAUUGCUGCACGGCCGCGCAGCCGCGCAUCUUAAAGGGAUCAUAGACAGGGGGGGCCUCCAAAAGUCACGCGACGGCUCCUCCUAAUGGGAAAUCCGGUCCUGUAUAUUUAUCUUUAGCUCUCUACCUCUUUCAAAAUUAUUAUGAAACUGAUUGAGGAGAAAGAUUUUUUUUUCAGAAACCAUCUAUUUUCCAAAGUCAAAUCAUUAUAUAUUUUUCUCGCCACGCGUGAUCUUGCUUUCCUAAAUAUUUUUUCGAAGAUGGAUCGUCAUUUUGGCCACGCCCACAGAAGACAGAAUUGCGAACGGCGAAACCAAAGAGAUCGUGACCACUCUUUUGGAGUGCCUCGAAAACAGGAGAUUACACAGGUGCCCUAUAAUCAUGCACAUCUUAGGCCACGAAGGACUCCCGGUUCAUAAUGCGAUUUGCCAAGCUAUACGAGAUGAGAGAGAGCUAGGAAGUGACUUUUUCAAUGCAAGUAACAAAUUUAAUUGUUAUAUAUAUAUAUAUAAUUAAUAUAUAAGGAAACGAGAUCCCCUCGGGAUCCCAAUGGGAUCAGGAACCAAACGGGAACUGGAUUCCAUCGGGAAAUGGGAUACUAUUUGAAAACCGGAUGUCGUCUGGAUCGGGAUUCUAAUCGGGAUUUAAUCGAGAUCAUGAUCCCAUUGGGAUCGGGAGUUAAUCUCUUCCUUGGGAAUGGGAACCAACAGGGAAAGGACCCCGCUGGGAUCAUAUUUCAUGUGUUUUUUUAGAGGAUAAAAAUUAAAAUUUAAUAUUUUUUCCUCGCGAUAUGUUUAUUACAGGGCCUUAAUUUCGAUGUAUGCUAAAAGGAUGUAGAAAUUUGUUGUUUUUUCCCCGAAUGCAAUCCCGGACAUCGCCGGGUAUAUUGGCUAGUAUAAUAUAAAUGAAACUAAGCAUAACUUAGCGGGGUCUCUAGUGUAUGUGAUGCCCGAAUUGGUCCUUGACUUUGCCACCUCUAAAUGACCAAAAAAAAAGAGCAAUGGAUGAAGAUGCACAUAAAAACCACACCGAUAUAUCAUAUAUGAUAAAGUGGACAGAAAACUCCACCCCACAAGAUCUGCCGCCUGGGUUUGACCACCCCUGCACACCCCUCUACCCACGUCCGUGAAUGCAGCACAGUUACGUAUCGUUGACUUUUAAGAUAUGAAUUAUAUUCGGGUUACCCAAACCUGUUGUUCUCAUUGAAAAAAAAAAGGUAGAGGAAAGGGGCGGGGUUUGUGUGAGGAAAUGCACGCUAUGACUAGAUGAGACAUUAGCUUUUAAACUAUCAGGUAACUGUAACUGUUUAGAUAUUUUAAAACUUGUUCAUUAAAUAUUUUCCUUUAUGUAAUAAGUCACAAGUUUAUAUUCAAAAUUCUACAGUUUAAAUGAAGGGAAGCGAUUAUGUUUCAUAUCCCAUUGUCAUUCCAGUUAAUACCUUGAAAGAUAAAAGGUUUCACAAAGAGUAGUAAUUUUGUAGGUUUGCGCCGACUCCCCCCCCCCCUCAAUUUUUUUCCCUCAAUAAUUAUACAUGGUCUAUAUUUUUUUUUAGUGUGCCAUGAAUAGUCGCUUGAUCUAACCUACUUUUCUCUAGGUCAGAGGUUGCAUCCUGGACAGUUGCCCGAAUCAGCCGACGGGUUUGUUUCACAUCAUCAAGCACAAGCUGCCAAGGAUCUAUGACAUUCUUAUUUUCAUCAUCUGUUUAGUUAGGACUUUCUUCCCCGAGUUCUUC